GAAUUUUCUAAAUAUCAAGUUUUAGAUUAACACUUAUAGAGUUAUUGAAAAAUUAUUAAUUCCAUUCUUAGUCACAUCAAUUUAAAUAUAUAGGUAUUUUAUGUAUAAUUAUUAAGUAGUUUAUUAAAUAACUUAUGCAGUUAAUAAUCAUGAAGAUAAUUUAAUUCUUAAGCCAACAUGUUAAUUGAUUUAAAUAUUUAUAUUCAAACCUUUUUUUUAUUUAUUAUGGCAUAUUUUUAAAGAACUUAAAUACUAAAAUGUUCAUAUGUUCAAUUAAAUUAUUUAUAUUUACAUUGUAGAAUGUUUCUGCUUAUUCGGCGAGUAAAACAUAACACAUGGAUUCGACAGGGUUUAAAACGUCAUUAUUGUCAGAAUUCUAUUAACAUUUCAAAAAUACGAAACAUUGGAAUUUUAGCUCAUAUAGAUGCUGGUAAAUAUUCAAAUAAGUACUUAAUGUAUGUUUAAUACUAAAAUUUGUAAAUUUUUUUUAUUUUACUUUUUAAUCUAUUAUGGGUAAGUAUAUGUCACUUGUUUACUACAACAAGGUCAUAACACAAAAAAACAUGAUUUUAUGUAGAAUGAAUUUGAAGACAAUAUUGAAAUAAAACACGUGGAUAACAAAUAAUAUUGCAAUAACUUCACAAUUGCCAUUUAAAUGCUAAUUUUGUAUGCUCAUUUAUGUCGCUCUACUAGUAUAGAGAAAAAUACUAAUACUAUCAUUAUUUGCAAACGAUUAAAAAAUGAUGAUUUUGUGUUAUGUCGUUGUAGCAAACAAGUGAUGUGAAUAUAUUUUAUAUUUUUUGAUUAAAAUUUAAAAAAUACUUAUCAAAAACUAUGAUGUUACAAAUUCACAGUUUAAAAUAUUAAUGUAUUUGCAAAGCAAAAAAACAACAAUAUAAGUGAAAAAAUAAUAUGGAAUUAUAAAUGUUUAAGUUUAUUAUAUUAUGUGAACAUUAAUUCUAUUUGAAAAUGUUAUAUAAAUUUAUAUUUUAUUCAUCCACAUAAAACUUUAAUAAGUUAGGUUAAUUAGAUAAAAUAUGAAGUUUCAAAUUUAGUUUCAGAUAUAAGUGGCUAUGUUAUGCAUAGGUAAAAUUGUGUUCUAGUCCUGUUUAAAUGUAUUAUAUCUGAUGAAGCUACAUAUUAAUGUUUGACUUAAUAUUUUGUAAAUAUUAAUUUUGUUUUAGGUAAAACAACAACAACUGAAAGAAUGUUGUUUUACUCAGGUUUAAUAUCUAACAUGGGAGAAGUACAUGAUGGUAAUACAGUAACUGAUUAUAUGGAUCAAGAAAGAAAUCGAGGUAUAACUUCUUAAUAAUUUAUUAACAAUCAUUGUUUUAUAAUAUUAAUUUAUUUACUAUAAAAAUGUAUGUAGGUAUAACAAUUACUUCUGCUGCUGUGACCAUACCAUGGAAAAAGCACAAUAUUAAUCUAGUAGAUACUCCAGGACAUAUUGAUUUUACAAUGCAAGUGGAACAGACAUUAAACAUUCUUGAUGGUGCAGUUAUUGUAUUAGACUCGUCUGCUGGUUAAAAUAUUUAAAUUAUGUACUACGUUUAUAUGGUGCAGUGAAAUGUUUUAAACUAAAACAGUUAAUUUUCAUUUACAUAGUUUAAAUUUUUUUAGAAAUCAUUAAAAUUUUGAUAAAAUUGUGUACUGUUUAAAGGAUUAGUUUAAGGAUUUCAAACUAUACUGAUUGUUUGGAAAUGGUUUAGGAUUGAAACAUAUAAAUUAGCUAAUAUUAUACCUACUAUUAAAAUAUAUAUAUUUUUUUUAUCAAAUUUUCAAUUGAUUCAUAUAUUAAAUAUAAUAUCUUUACUGAAUCCGUUAUGAAAAAUUAACUAUGAUGCUUAUUCGUUACUAAUGCAAUGUUAUAUAGGUAAUAAUUUUUGUUGAUAGCCCUGUGUACAAUAACAACUGGUAAAAUAAUAAUAAUUAUCUAUAUAAUAAAACUGUAAUACUUUAUAUUAAAGGAAAUUAUGUUAUAAUUUAUUAAUAGAUGAUUUUGUUUUUUUAAAAUUAACUCUAUUAUAUUAACCUACUAACCCUAAACAAGUUAUAGUAAGUUAUAAUAAUUUCGUUAAAAUAUUGCAAGGUGCCUUAUCAUUAAAAUUUAUUUUUUUUGUCUAUCUUACCUUUAAUGUAAUGACAAGAACAUUUCAUAUUCCACAAUUGAUUUGUGAUUCGUUGAUUAAGUUAUUAGUUAUUAAAACUGUUGUGAAUUAUUUUAAAACAUUUAACUGUACCAUGUAAAUGUAUUAAUUGUUAAACAUAUUUAAAUAUCAUAUAAAUAAUUGCACUUUAUAUUAGGAGUUGAAGCUCAAACAUUAACUGUAUGGCGUCAAGCUGAUAGGUAUGAAAUACCUCGUAUAAUUUAUGCUAACAAAAUGGACCGAUCAGAUGCUUCAUUGCCAUUGUGUAUAAAAUUACUAAAGUCAAAAUUUAAUAUCACUCCACUACAAUUACAAAUACCAAUUAGAGGUUAGUUAUUUUAAUUUAAAAUUUUACCUUUAAAGGUCACGGUUUUCCAAAUUUAGAAUUAUUUUUAAUAUUUUAAAGUUAUGAUUUUUUCAUUAAUCUAUUGUCAAAUAACCAUUUAGAGCAGACUUGUCAAACUCAAAGUAUUACUUGAUUCAAAACAUCAGUACAAAAAAAGUUGAGCUGCAAAAUAAAAUAAAUUUUAAAAUAAUUAAAUUUAUUAAGAACAAUUAAAUAUUUUUACAUUUUAUUAUUAUAUUAAUAUUAAUUUUUCAUACAAAAUUUAAAAAAACAAAUUAUACAAUUUUUCAUUUUUUUAGUAGAAGACUAUUUCCUUUCAUUAAUAAGAAUAUUUUAUCACACUGAUAAGUUCUACUAAACAUUAACAUUAUCUUCCAAGUGAAUAUCCAAGUUUCUAAACAUUUUGUUGGCAUGUAUUUAUAAAAAUUUGGUAAAUCAAUUAACCUCAUUGAAUUUUUUUAUUAAGUUUGAAUCAUUUUUAAUAUUAAUAUUAUUGGUUUUCAUUUAUACAAAAAUAUAUAAAAAAACGAUACACGUAAUAUAAUAAUAUUAAUAUGUUGGAUAUUUUUAAUUUUAAGAUAAUAAUUAACACCAUUUGAAACUUAUAGAAAAUAUAACUAUAAAUUCAAUAUAUACGGUUUUUAUUAUUUUUUUGAUUUGGGCCGCAUUUGAUUUUAUUUUUCAAUGUGCAGUAUAAAAAUAAGUUGCAGACCUCGUGUUUGACAUACUUGAUUUAGGGAGAAAUAUGAACAAUUGCUUUUAUAGACAAAAAUUAGUUCAUGAGAAUAGAAAUAAUUUUUAAAAAUAAAGUUAAUAUUUUCAUUUAAUUAACUAAUAAUUAUUUCAUAUGUUUAGAAACUAAUGGACGAUUAAUAGGUUUAAUCGAUGUAGUAAAAAAGAAUAUUUCUACUUGGCAUGGAGAAAAUGGUCAAAAAGUAAUUUGUAAACCUAUAGAAAAUAACACAAAACAAUGGGAGGCUUUAUGUAAAGUUAGAGAGUCACUUAUUGGAGAUUUAGCUGAUAUGGAUGAAACAAUAGCUAACAUUGUUUUAGAUUCAGAUGGUAUUGAUAGUAUAGAUAGUGAUAGUUUAUUAUCAGCCAUUAGACGUGUGUGUAUAUCACAAGUAUGUUGGUGAAUAAAAUUGUUUUCCAUAUUUUUAUUAUAAUGGUUAUAAUUUAUUUUAUAGAAAGGUGUUCCACUAGUUUGUGGUAGUUCCUACAAGAAUAUUGGCGUGCAAGCACUUAUGGAUGAUAUUGUAAAUUAUCUUCCAUCUCCAAAUGAUCGUAAGAAUUUAGAACCAUUUAAAGUUUUUGGAACAUCAAUGUCUGCCAGAGCUUUUAAAAUUGUUUAUGAUAAACAAAAAGGACCUGUCACAUUUUUAAGAAUAUAUUCGGGUACUUUAGAAAAGGUAGUUUUAAAAAAAUUUAAAAUAAAUGACAAUGUUAAGAAUGUUGAUUUCCUGAUAUUUUUAUUUUUGUUAUAUUUUAAUUGAUAAUUUUUAGGGCCAAAAAGUAUACAAUGCUUCUCAGUCCAAGUCAGAAAAUAUAAAUCGCGUUAUGGUUGUUUAUGCAGAUGACUAUAAAGAAGUGGCUAAUGUAAAAUCUGGAAGUAUUGUAGCUGUUACGGGGUUAAAAGUAGUUUAAUAAUGUAUAUUGUUAAAUUCAUCUGUAUUCAUAUGAUUGUAUUUAAUUCUUUAGAGCACUGUUUGCGGAGAUUUACUUUCAAGCAGUAAUAAUGUAAUUAAAAAUGCCUUAGCUAAAUUGUCAAAAUCAAAAGAAACGACCAAAGAAAAAUCAAUGGAUAUGCUUGGCGUUGAUAUGCAUAUACCAGAUCCAGUGUUUUUUCGUUCUAUUGAACCUCCGUCACAAGUAAACUAAUUUAUUCAGCAAUAAAUAGUUUUAAAAUGUUUAGAUUUUAUUGAACAGAUUAUUGGUCAUACUAAUACUAUUGAUUUAAUACAAUAUUUGGUUUAUGAACCAUACAAUCCCUUGGUUAUUUUUUUUGGUUUGGUAAGGCACAUAAUUAAAGGGCGAAAGAAAAAGAGAAAUAUCAGAAAAUAUUGAGAUACAUAAUUGAGAAUGUUGAAGUUAGUGUGUACAUAGGUGAUAUGGAAGUGUUAUAAUUCAUGGUUAUAAGGAAUCUAGGUAAGAAUGUCUAGAUAAUACUGGUUAUAAGUAGACAUUAACUAAUCACAAAUAGAUAAGUAGGCAAGUAUAAAGGAAGUAAUAUUAAUUAAUUAUUCAUUAUUAAUUAAACCUAAUAACUUUAAUUGGUUUUAGUCUUAUCAAUUGGCAUUGGAAAAUGCACUAAGUCAACUACAUAGAGAAGAUCCUAGUUUAAGAAUUCAAUAUGAUGAGGAAAAUGGCCAAACUAUUUUAGCCGGUAAUUUCAUAUAGUUGAUAUUCUUUUAUAUAUUUAAGAUUAUAUUUCAUUUAUUUUUAGAUUAGGCAUGGGUGAAUUGCAUUUAGAAGUAAUUGGUGAACGAAUUAAGACUGAAUUUAAAAUUGAUGUUGACCUUGGCCGUCCACAAAUUUCUUAUAAAGAAGGACUAAUUUCUGAAGCAAAAGAGAGUUAUCAAUAUAAUCUAAAAAUUGGUAAAUCUUAAUUAUUAAUUUAUUACAAUAUUUAAAAAUAUAUAUAUAUACAAACUAACAAGGUCACUAAUUAAAUCUUGUGAAGAUAUAAAAUAUUUAAAUAUACUGAAAUCUUUCACGAGUAAAAUCACAGCAAAUUAAAAAUAAUUGUAUAAAAUAAGCAUAAUUAAUAUUAUAUAAUAUAUUAUAGAUUUUUAAUAAGUUUUUUAAAUUUUUUGUUUAUUUACCAAAUAGAAUAAUUUAAGGCAUUUUUAAAAAUGUAAAAAUGUUGGUUAAUUUUAAACAAUUGAUGUUAUCUAAAAUAAUAAUAAUAUCACUAAAAUAACAAGUUUACUUAACAUUUUAUCUUGUUUGCUUAUAAUUUUAUUAUGAUAUUUAAAAUAUAAAAACUAUGUAGUUGGAUACCCUAUACACCCAAUUAUAAAAGGAUGUGUAUGGUAGUAUUUUAUUUUAUGUUUGGGUUUUUUUAUAGAGGAGAAGGGGGUUAUGAUAAAGAUCUUAAAAUCAUAGCUACAAUUAAUUUAAAUUUAAAACAAUGUAUAUCACACUAAUAAUGUUGUGGUAAACAUUUUGUUUUAAUAAUAAUAAUAUUACUAAUUUAUUGCAACAAUAAUAAUCUACAUUUUUUUAAAGAUAUUUAUUAGUUAACAAUAUUUCAGCAACCCCAAAAAGCAAAGCUUGUGUUAGGGGAGCAGUUCUUAAAUAAUAUAUAUAAUAAAUUAAAAUAUUAUAGAAACAAUGAUAUAUGUAGCUCAAAUAAAUUUAGCUAGACAAAAUUAGUAUAGACCAGGAAAGAAAAUCAAAAUUCUAAUAUUAAAAUUUUAGAACUGUAAAUCUACACUACCCUAAAUAUUUCUGAUAUAACCUGGAAUACUUAUAGAUUUAAGUAAGCAUAUUGUUAAGUAUAUUCUAAUAAAAAAUAACCUAUUAAACUGCUUUACCUUCUACAUAAUCUUAUGAGUGUUUUAAGUAUUUUGUCAUAUUUAUUAUUAUUAUUUUACUAGUUAUUCAGUAUUUUAUUUUUAUUUUUAAUUAGCCUAGCUAUGAAUACCACAUUCUACUAUAAAAGGGCUACCCCCAUUUAUAAAAUAAACAAUAUCAUCAAAAUAACAUAGAAGUAUGUAUCAUUAAGAACAAAAAUGGUAUUAUUUUUUAACACCAAAUGAGGUACAUAUGAUAAAAACAAAUUAUUACAAAGGAAUUAAAUAAAAAAUAAUAAUGACAUUUUUUAAUAUUAACUAAAAUCAAAUACAGGUUAAAUCUAAAUGUUUGAUAUAUUUUUUUUAUAUUUAAUUAAACUAUUCAAAUUAUUUAUAUUAAUAUUUAAUGAAAUGCAUAAAGUCCAGACAAAUGAUUAAUAUAAGUUCUUCUCUGUUUUUUUUUUCAUUUGAUACACCAUAAAAAUAAAAAGGAUUGUACUUGGGCUAAAUCCUUUUACAUUAGUAUGUAUAUACAUAUAUGUAUGUAAAAAAUUGUAUGUCUAUGAUGAUUAACAAAAUAUAAAUACCUGUUCCAUUUUAACCUAUUCAAUUACACCAAAAUAUUUUUAUUUUUUGUACUCUAUUAAGAGUAAUGCAUUUUGAGAAACAUAUAGAAUUUAAAUUAGGUAGUUUUAAAUUUUAAUAAAUUAACUAUUAAUUAUUAUUAUUUAAAAUGUUAUUAGACUUGUAACAUAAAUUAUUAAAAUUGUUUUUCGAUAAUAAUAUGGUAUAUCAUUUGAAAAUUAAAUAAUUUGGUAAAAAUAUUUAUUUUUAUUUGUGAAAGAUCAUUAAGAAAAAGUAAUAGAGGACUUAGUACUGUGUCUUGGGGAACUUCACAAGAUAUAUCUAGAGCUUACCAUACAUAUUAUCAAUUUUAAUUCUUCGAGUUUUAAAAAUACAAUACAUUAUUCUGGCAUAAUGUAAAUGUAUAAAUUAUAAUUAAUAUUUAAAUUUAAUAAAUAAGGUUGUCUGUUUUCUACGUACAAUUUAAAAUUAUUUAUAAUAUGUAUUAUGGUUUUUCUUGAAUAAUCCUUAUAUAUUUUUAAACUAAUUGCAUUGUGUUUUUAAUUUGAAGGUACAACUCUACACAGUGUUUAUGUAGUGAUGUCAAUAUUAAACGAUACACCUGAUAAAAAACUAUUAUCAUUGGACUGUAGCCCAGAUAAUGCAUCUAAUACAGCAGCUAUACAGUUAAAUCGAUUAAGCAUUAUAACAUCAACUGUGAAAGAUGCUUUAGCACAUGGUCCUAAACUUGGAUGUCCUGUUAGUUAUUAAAUAAUUAAUGUAUUCUAAUUUUAAUUAAAUAAACAUACAUGGAAGUAUUCAAAUUUUAUAAUAUAAAAAUAUCAAAGAUUAAGAAAGAAUUCAAAGUUGCCAUUUUUGUCUUACAAAAUUUGAAUGUGCUUUUUUAUUUAAUCUGAACUGUGUGUGAAAGUGUAUGGACUUAGUUUAGUCAAAAAAUAAUUUAAAGAGUGACAAUUAUGUGAAUGUAAACAUUGCUAUGACAAAAUGUCUAAUAUAAUUAUUUAAAAAGAUCAAUCGGUUCAAAUUUGUUCAAAAUAACUGAAUCAAUGAUUGUAGAAAUGCCACGAGUCACACAUUUUAAAAAUCUUCUCUUCAAAUAUUUAAAGUUUAUAAUAAACACACAUUAAAUAAUUUUUACACAGAUAUUAUAUAUAAUCAGUAUGUGAUGUAUUUUCAAAAUUAUUUAUACAAAUAUUAUAGUUUUUAUCAAAUACCAAGUUUUAAAAAAAUUGACUCGUGACGUUUCUGUAAUCAUCGAUUCAACUGUAGUAAGGUGUAAUUUUUAAAUUAAAUAUAUCAAUAAUAAAUAAAUGUAUCUAAUGUAGCAAAAAUGCUAUAUAUUUUAAAAAUUAACUAAUAAUAUUUGUUUUACUGUUUUAUUUAAGGUAGUCAAUGUUCGCUUUUUACUUCAUUGGUUAGAAGUUAGUAAAGGAACAUCAGAUACUGUUUUAAGUUCAGCUAUAAAUCAUUGUGUUCAAAAAGUAUGUAUUAUUCAAAUGUUAAAUGUAUGAUGUGAUAAUAUGUUAUGUAUUCACAUAUAAAUUAAAUAUGUUAAUUUAAAUUUGUGUAUUAUUUAAAAUAGUUGCUGAAAUCUGCUAAUACAAUUUUACUUGAACCUAUUAUGAAAGUAGAAGUUGUAACAGAUGAAAAUAAUUCGUCUUCAGUACUUUCUGAUUUUGGUAGAAGAAGAGGAACAGUCCAAAGUAUUACAACUAGAUCAAACAAUCUGGUUAGCAUUUCUAUUACGUUAUAUAUUAUGUAUUAUAUAUAUUUCUAUAUGAUAUUUAUUUUUAUUAAUACUGUUUAAUGGAUUUCUUAGGUAAUAAAUGCACUCGUCCCUUUAGCAGAUUUAUUAGGAUAUUCAAAGGAUCUCAGAACUUUUACAUCAGGCACUGCAACAUUCUCAAUGGAAUUUCAUUCUUAUGAAGUUGUAUCUUCUAAAGAUGAAUUAGAAGCUAUUAAAAAUAUUACUGGCUUUUAUCCCUAUUAAUUGUGUAUAGUAUUAAAAACUUUAAAGAAUUAAAAUAUUUGUUUUUUGUAGCCGAUGGUUGACUAUUACUUAUCAAUUAACCUAAAGUAAUAUGUAAUAUUUAAAAUUAGUAAUGCAUCUUUUGUUUACCCUAAAACCAAUUGUUGUUUUUAUUUAAUUUAUUAAUAAUUAUAUUUUCAAUGCUUCUGUUAAAUUAUGUAAAAGAGUAACAAAAAUUCUAAGUACUUCAUCCUGCAAGUCCUAGUUAUAGUUAAAUGAUUUUAAUAAGGCCUUCCACUUGAACUGAAGUAUACAGGGUCUAGUGUCAGUUGUUACAAAUAAUAUAAAUUAAACAUUUUACUGUAUAGUAGGUAACCUACCAACUUAUAUAAAUUAUCUUAAACCAUUAAUAAAUUUUAUUUUAUUAAUAAUAUUUAUUUUAUUUAAUAAAUAAAUAAGAUAUAUAGCUCAUAGAAAUAAUUUAAUUUAAGUACUCUUAAAAAAUUCAUAAACAUAUUAAAGAAGAAAUAAAACACAACUAUAAAUAUAUUUUUGAAAUAUUAAAGACCUAUCCUAAGUAACAUUUACAUUAGUUCAGUUUUAAGAAAAUUACACAUACACAAAGAAAUAAAGAAAAAUAAUGUUAAUAAUAUUUUUAAUGUACAAAGUUAUAUACCAAUUUUAAAAAUAAUAUCUUAUGUCAAUACAUUUUAGAUAAUAUAUAAUAAACAAAUAGUUUAUAUUUCUUAACAUAUGUAUGUCUAAUAAUAACUCAUUUUAAAUAAUCUCUCCUAUUAAAAUUAAAAUAUUUCUAUGUAAAAUUACCAAUUUGUAUAGUUUUUUCUUUAUGUAUUGUUUUCAUAUUCAGUCACG